AAAAUCCGUUUAAUUCAGGAACUUAUCGAGAGCAUCAUCGCUAACCUGAGGCAAAUUGCAAAUUCUCAGCCCGGGACUGGUCUUUAGAUAUACCAGUGUCUUCUUUCUCUUCUUCUCGACGUGUACCUCAGAACUGCAAAGGCUGUCGCUGUUUAUAUAUACUUUACGCCAUGUCCGUCGUGUCCUUGUUGGGCGUCAAAGUGCUCAAUAACCCUGCCGCUUUCUCCGACAACUAUCGCUUCGAGAUCACCUUUGAAUGCCUCGAGCAACUGCAGAAAGAUCUGGAAUGGAAGUUGACAUAUGUUGGAUCGGCUACGUCCUCUGAGCAUGAUCAAGAUCUCGAUUGCCUCCUUGUCGGGCCAGUUCCAGUUGGUGUCAAUAAAUUCAUAUUUGAGGCUGACCCGCCGGACCUCCGCCGCAUCCCGACAUCCGAGAUCCUUGGUGUUACUGUUAUUCUUCUGACAUGCAGUUACGAUGGGAGAGAAUUCGUGCGCGUCGGUUACUAUGUCAACAAUGAAUAUGACUCUGAUGAGCUCAAUGCCGAUCCACCUGCCAAGCCUAUCAUCGAAAGAGUACAAAGAAACGUUCUGGCAGAAAAGCCGAGAGUAACCCGGUUCGCUAUCAAAUGGGAUUCUGAGGAAUCUGCUCCAGCCGAAUAUCCUCCGGAGCAACCAGACGCGGAUACUCUCGACGACGAUGAGGAUGCAUAUGGUGCGGAGGACGAUGAGGGUGGCGAGGAGGUUGAUGGCGAGCCUGGAGAAGAUGCUGAAAUGGAAGGUGGUGAAGACAUUGCUGGUCCACCGAAAUCGGCGCAUGAGAAGAAUCAGGAUGAAAUGUCAGAAGCUGGCAGCGAAGACCUCGAAGCAGAGAGUAGCGGAAGUGAGGAAGAAGACAUUGAGGAAGAGGAGGGCGAAGGAGACGCCGAUGAAGACAUGGAUAUGGGCGAUGGUGGAGACAAAGGAGCCCCCGAACCAUCAGCAAAGAGCCACUCCAUGGGCCAGUCGCAUUCAGGCGACACAGUUAUGGUUCACUGACAGGCCUCUCAGCUAUUAAGAAGAACGUUUUGCUUAUCAGUUUUUCAUGAUUUGCUCUACCACGGCCAUCAGCAAUUUUUUUUUAUUUUCUUUUAUCAAUUAGUUAUUAACGCAUGUAAUAGCAGCGGUCCAAAUAAGCGUUGGCGUUUCAAUUUUUUUUUCAAAAUGGUUUCCCCCAUCGAGCAGUCUAUUUUUAUUUUCAAGAUUUGCUAUGGGACAAUUACUACCGUUUCUUCAUUCGUAGAAUUGAGGAGAUUAGAUAACUUUCGAAGUCCUACUUCCUAGAUGACUACAAUCGAAUACAGG